GUGAAAUAACUACCCUGAAACUAAAGACUCGCCGAAGUUCCAGUUCCCUUUUUCACUUAACAUGCCUUGUUCAUUCCAUUUUCUCUAGUUCUUCAUCGUUUUCAACUAAAAUCAUCCACAAACUUAAUUAUUUCCCUUCAAUUCCUAAAAACCAAGAACAGCCCUUGAUUAAUUCGGUGCAGGUCAUCAAGUUUGUAUGGCCUUGGCCUGUUCUUGCUUGUCUUGUGGGUCCGUUUCGCGCCAUACUGGAAUCAAAGCUUUGCUGCUUCUUCCUCUGUAUUGCGUGCUGAGGUUUAUUGCCAGAGCAAUCUUCGCUGCUCUUACUGUUCUCUUUCUAAUGGGUGGGGCUUUUGCUGGAGGAGUAGCCGGGGCAUUAGCAGGUUGGAUUUCCAAUGGUGGCAUCAUUCAUGGGGUUACUGUGGUUGCCGUUGCUGGGGCUAGUAUCUCUUUAGAGUUAUUGGAGGCUAUGCGUGCAUAUUGGUGUUCAGAAUACCCUCGCCUAUAUGUAUCGUCAUCUAUGGCUGAUUUCUUGCAGCAGCUUCUUCAUGGUAGAUUUGUUAAUGAACAGAUGGAGCAGCUUCAGAUUGCAACUUCAAGAACUUAUGAUUCACAGAGUUAUGGAAAUUUCAUACAAAAUCUACUACUGUCAUCUAAAACAUUGUGCUGUAAUAAGCAGUUGAACCGUUCUGCUACAAACCACAGUGAAAAUAGUCGUCCUCCUGCUGAAGUUUCAUCAGCAGGCUUAUCCAGGGAUUCGCUCAACAAGUUACCAUGGCACGUACUAUCAUAUCAAACAAAAGCUGCACAAGACACAUGCUGCACCAUAUGUUUGCAGGAUAUUGGUGUAGGCAACAUUGCAAGGUGCCUGCCAAAAUGCAACCAUACGUUCCAUAGGAAUUGUGUGGACAAAUGGCUUGUUAUACAUAAUUCUUGUCCGGUUUGCAGACACAGGGUAUAGUUUCAAGUGUCAUCUGGUUAUUUUUGGUACAUUGUUGUAUUAUUUUGUUUCAUCCCUCAAAACUGAAGAUGGAUGGAAGCAAAUAGCUCACCAAGAAUUCUAUGAUGAGAGACAGAGACCAUGACUACUGGAUCAUAGCUGAAAAUAUCUUUGUACAUUUUCAUAUAGCUCUUAUCUAUCCCCAAGGCAUUCAAUAUCUGUAUUUUUAGGGUUGUAUAAAAUAAAUUUUGGUUUUUGUAUAUAGAGAUUCAAAAGCUUAAUUGGGAUUGUAAUAUAUAUAUAUAUAUAUAUAUAUAGUGGAGAAAGUAGGUAGAUAAGUGUUGAAUCAGAGUUAUUGCAUGGUAUAUAUUAUACAGUAUUGCUAUUUU